AUGAGCGAUUCAGACCGGCUAACACCCCCUCUCGAAGCCUUAUACUGGUCACAAUACGGUACAUGGUAUCCUAUCUUCCGCAAACAUGCACCCAAAUCCACCGUAAUCGAUAUUGACGGCGUCCAACCCGAACUGCUUUCUUGGUUAGAUAGCGAUACGUUUGUUCUUCCUGAUGGUAGUGGGCCGUCAACACUUCCCCAAACCAACGACUCUUCUUCUGAGCUAUCCGAUGACGAAAACGAGAAGGAAGAGCAAGAGCCGGUGAUGCUGGACAAGCUGGAUACGAAAAUUCGACAAGUAGUGGAUAAGUAUGACGGAGGACCUUUAUUCCCUAAACUUAAUUGGUCAGCUCCGUUAGAUGCUGGGUUUAUGUUACCGGCGAACAACCUGCAAUGUUUCUAUCCGGAGGAUGUGUAUCUUUUGCUCAAGAGCAGCGAAUUUGUAGGGAGAGAUUUGGAGCAGAUUGCAUCCCUACAUACCCCAUCCCUCCCCGUCUCCUCUACGGAACACGACUCAGACCCAGCAUUACAGCUCCCAACAAGCACCACCGCCUCCCCGCAAUCCCAACCAUCACAGGAAAGAGAGGUUCGACCGCAACUCAUCCUCAAAAAGUGGUUUACCUUUGCCCGAUCCCACGAGUUUCGCUGUUUUGUCCGCUCCUCUCACCUCAUAGCUAUCUCUCAACGUGAUGUUACGUUUUACGACCACCUUCAGUCUCCACAUCUACAAGCUCAGAUCAAGGGCGCGAUAUGGGAUUUCUGGCAAGAUGUUAUGGCGCCGGCGCAAAAGGAAGGGAGCUUCCCGUUGAAGGACUUUAUUUUCGAUGUAUACCUAACGAAAGAUCUGGAGAGGGUGUGGUUGGUAGAUGUAAACGCAUGGUUACCUAGGACUGAUCCUUUGUUGUGGUCUUUUGAUGAUUUGGAGGGUGCUCAUUUGCGGGAGAAGAAGAUGAGGAGAAGUGAUGGUGGUGGUGCGGAGGAGGAGGAGUUGGAGGAUGGGAUUGUGCAAUUGCGGAUAGCACCUACCAACGGCAAUUCAACAGCAGCAGUAGAUAGUACGGAAGGAGAGGAUGGUGAAGAAUAUACAGAGGAGUGGAGCGAGUCAGAUGUGGAACUACGAGUAUUGAGCGAUAGAAGAAUGCAAUCAUCCGGAGGAACCAGUGCUACGUAUAGUUCCAAUAUGGUCCCAAAAGAUUUGGUCGAUUUUGCGAAAACGAAUGGUUCCAGUAGUGGAGGUGGAAUGGGGAUUGAUCAGAUUGUCCAGCGUUGGAACGAAAGCAUCGACGCAGAGGAGGACUCCAAACAGGCUUGA